ACAAUAUCUUCCACUCGUUUGCAUAGAAGUGUUCUCUGUAGAUUUGAGUGACUGCUCAGCUGUUUGUUUUUAUUUUUCAGUAGAAGAGUCAAUGCUCAUCUUGUCUACAGUGUUAUGGCGAUAAUUUCUUACAGACACCCUAUUAUGUCCUCCACUCAUUUUUCUCGAUCACGUUUAUAAUAUGUUCAUCAGGGCGUAACACAAACUAUGAACUGUGAUCCACUUUUGUUGUGCGCUUGUUCUAUUUGUACUCAUCUAUAUAUUCAAUCCCAAAACAAUCCAAGCACCGAAAAAUCAAUAACAAUGGAGUCACUCCUCCCAAUGCUCCCAACAAUUGCUAGGCUUUCUAUAUAUCCACUUCUUUUUGUUGUUUGCUUUGUGAUAUGGAGGACAAGAGUUGGUCACGGCCGAAACACAGCUAGUAAGAAAAGACUAGCACCCCAAGCUACUGGUGCAUUGCCUUUGAUCGGUCACCUCCAUCUCUUAGGACGCUCUCAAUUGCCACACAUUACCUUUGGUUCUAUGGCUGACAAGUACGGCCCAAUCUUCACCAUAAAGCUCGGGGUAAACCGAGCAUUGGUAGUGAGUGAUUGGGAGAUGGCUAAAGAAUGUCUCAACACCAACGACAAGAUCUUCGCCAGCCGUCCAAGGGCUUUGGGAGUGGAGCUCAUGGCCUACAACUAUGCCAUGUUUGCUUUGAGUCCUUAUGGCCAUUACUGGCGCCAAGCCCGGAAGAUGGCCAUGUUCGAGCUUCUCUCCAAGCCCCGGCUUGAUAUGCUUAGACAUGUCCGAGUAUCAGAGAUAAGAACAUCCAUAAGAGAAGUAUAUGACUUGUGGGUUAAGAAGGAAAGUUCUUCAAAUGUUGUGAAGUUGGAUAUGAAGCAAUGGUUCGAGGAUUUAACCCUAAAUGUAAUGGUUAGGAUGCUUGUAGGGAAGCGAUAUUCACGUGAUGAGGAAGAAGGGGCACGAGUUUGGGAGGCCAUCACGAAGUUCCAUGAAUUAUUGGCGGUGUUUGUGUUGUCCGACGCCUUCCCUUUUCUGACGUGUUUGGAUUUGGGAGGUUAUGAGAAGGCCAUGAAGAAGACAGCAAAAGAAAUUGACGAUAUAAUUGAAGGUUGGUUACAGGAGCAUAAAAGAAAGAGAGAUUCUGGCAUGGUGAUGAGUGAUCAAAAGGACUUCAUGGAUGUGAUGCUGUCCCUUCUUGACAAUUCAAAGGCCGAAGAUUUUCCUGAUUUUGAUGCUGAUACCAUGAAUAAAUCUACAUGCCUGGCAAUGCUAUCUGGGGGCAUUGAAACUACGAAUGUGACACUUACAUGGGCACUCUCAUUGCUCCUAAACAAUCGACAUGUUCUCAGAUUGGUCCAAGAAGAGCUUGAUGUCCAUGUUGGAACAGAACGAUUAGUGGAUGAGACUGAUCUGAAAAACUUAAUCUACCUUCAAGCUGUCCUAAAAGAAACUCUACGUUUAUACCCACCUGGACCACUGGCUAUACCACAUUUGUCUAUGGAAGAUUGCGUUGUUGGUGGCUACAACAUCCCGAAGAGCACACGCCUAUUAGUGAACCUAUGGAAGAUACAUCGUGAUCCUCAUGUAUGGUCCGAUCCAAACGAGUUUCGACCUGAGAGAUUCUUGACAAGCCACAAGGAUGUCGAUGUUAAGGGGCAACAUUUCGAGUUGAUACCAUUUGGCAGUGGAAGGAGAAUGUGUCCUGGAAUUUCUUUGGGGCUCCAAAUCUUGCAAAUGACACUGGCUAAUUUGAUUCAUGGGUUUGAACUUGGGACUCCUUUGGAUGAACCAGUAGAUAUGACUGAGACCUUUGUGUUAAUCAACCAUAAAGCCAACCCAUUGGAGGUCCUUCUCAUAACCCCGCGUUUGCCUACUAACCUAUAUAUAUGACAAUGGGCUAUACAAUGUGAGAUAUUAGGAACUCAUGAUAAAAUGCAUAUAUGUGAACAUAUUGUAUAUGUGUUUAUGUAGGUUUAGUGCUUGAAUAUAGACCAUGAAUCUCUAUAUUCUUAUAGAUGCAUGUAUUAAUGGACCUUGUGAACUUGAAAUAAUUUGCUUUUAUUUAUUUAUUUAUUUUUUUUGUUUC